AUGUUUGGCAGUUUUGUUCUCGCGGGGGUACUCGUCCAGAUUGCAUGGGCAGAAAAAGUAACAGAGCGCGCGGCUCAAUGCGCAGAUAACACUAAUUGCGCAGCAGAAGCAUGCAACGUUCUGAUCGGUGGUAAAUUGUAUUGCUCUCAAUGUAACACAGGAUUUGUUCCUAUCAAUGGACAAUGUGCAGGCAAAGAAGAUGCAAAAACCAAGUGUAAAGAUACCGAUGGAGGCGAUACAGCUGAUCAGACCUGUGGACAGUGCGCUGAGCAGACUUUCAUGUACAAGGGCGGCUGUUACGAAGCAGCCCAGCAGCCCGGACAGACCAUAUGUCAGGCGGCAGAAAAUGGAAAAUGCACACAGGCUAAGGCUGGAUACUUCGUGCCGCCGGGCGCAGACGCCUCUCACCAAUCGGUCAUACCGUGCGGAGACGAAGAGGAAAUAACGGUUAAGAACGAUAAAAAGUACAAGGGCGUAGUGCAUUGUACUCAGUGUAACGCUCCCGCAGAAGCAGCAGAUGCUAACGCCAAGGCCGCCACAUGUACUGCGUGCGGCGAUAGCAAGAUCGUCAAGACGGCCAAGGACCAAGCCACCUCCUGCGUGACAGAAAAAGAGUGCACGGAUGCCCCAGGCUUCUUCGUUGAUACGACGAGCGGUAAAAAAUGCAGCAAGUGCGCUGAGACAUGCAAGACCUGUAAGACCGAGGCUGCGAAGUGCACCUCCUGUAAGGACGACAAGCCGUACCUGAAGAAGGAUGACGAGUCCACAACUGGCACGUGCGUUGACGCAAACGGCUGCCCGGCAACUCAUUACGUUGAUAAGGAAGCAAAGGAGUGCAACACCUGCGUUUCAGGAGGGACGGUGGACUGCACCACUUGUGAGAAAGGCGCCAACGGAGUGGUUUGUAAGACGUGUACGACUGGUACGAAGACCAAGUUUGGCCUUGGAAAGAAGUCAUGCGUUGAGAACUGCCCCUCGAACUCCAGCGAUGAAAAGACCCCUGGCACCUGUGAGUGCGUCGAGGGCUACGUUCCCGACGACGCGGGCACCGGGUGUACGAAGAAAUCCGACCCCCAGUGCAACACCCCCGGCUGCAAGACGUGCAGUGAUCCGAAGAAAGACAAGGAGGUGUGCACAGAAUGCGAAGACCCCAAGGCCCUCACGCCCACGGGCCAGUGCAUCGAUAACUGCGGAGAUCUGGGAGGCUACUACGAGGGCACCAACGAGGGGGGCAAGAAGGCCUGCAAGAAGUGCGAGGUCGAGAACUGCCUCCUGUGCAAUGGGCAGGGACAGUGCGAGACCUGCAAGGACGGGUACUACAAGAGCGGAGCCGCCUGUGCCAAGUGCGAUACCUCGUGCAAGACGUGCGCGAACGGGAAGCCCAACGGGUGUACGAGCUGCGAGCCUAAGCAGGUCCUCAGCUACGAAGGGGAGGGCACGGGGACGUACAAACCAGAAUGCAAGCCAGUGAGCGGCGGCAAGGAUGGAACGUGCAAGAGCUGCGACCUGAGCAUAGACGGGACAAGCUACUGUUCUGCCUGUAACGUGGGCACGGAGUAUCCAGAGAACGGUGUGUGCGUCAAGAAGUCGGCCCGCACAGCCUCCUGCCAGGUCGAACCGAGCAAUGGUGUGUGCGGGACAUGUGCAAAGGGCUUCUUCCGCAUGAACGGGGGCUGCUACGAAACGACCAAACUCCCUGGAAAGAACGUCUGUGAGGAGGCAGCACCGACCGGCGAUACCUGUCAGACUCCGGCCGACGGGUACAAACUGAAUAACGGCGCGCUCAUCACUUGCUCGGCCGGAUGUAAGACGUGCACCAGCCAGGACCAGUGCGACACGUGUAAGGCUGGAUAUGCUAAGACUGGCGGUAACACUAAGAAGUGCGUUCCCUGCGCCACUGGGUGCUCCGAGUGCAAUGCGGACGACGCCACCAAGUGCACGGUGUGCGCUGCAGGGUACUACCUGUCCAAAGAAAAGUGCAUAGCAUGCGACAAGAGCGACGGCGGAUCCAUCACCGGCGUCGCCAACUGCGCCAACUGCGCUCCCCCAACCAACAAUAAAGGGCCUGUCCUCUGCUACCUCAUACAGAACACCAACAGGAGCGGGCUUUCCACGGGGGCCAUAGCGGGGAUCUCCGUCGCUGUCAUCGCUGUCGUGGGGGGCCUCGUGGGCUUCCUCUGCUGGUGGUUCAUAUGUAGAGGGAAGGCGUGA